GCCAGGGCCUGCGGCCGGAUGCUGCUGCGGGGGGCGCGGGGUCUGGCGGGGGCGCGCCGGGGGCCCCCAAACAACCCCACAGAAGGGACCCCGUGCCCCAACCGUGCCAACACCUGCAGCCCCCGGGGACAUUCGGACACCCCAGCAACGGCCGGCGGCCCCUCGGACACUCCAGGAAGGGACAACAGGACAGCCACCCCUAAUGGUGACAGGGGGGACCCUCCUGCAGCCCCCCUGAUGCCCCCCCCGCCCACCCACUGCUGCGGGACCGGCUGCCCCAACUGUGUCUGGGUGGGAUACGUGGAGGAGCUGCUGGAGCUGCACCGGGAUGGUGGAGCCCAGGCCUUGGCGGCCGUGGAGCAGCACGUGGAGGACGAGAACAUCAAAAUGAUCCUCAGGAUGGAGAUCAGGCUGCGUGCCAGGAAGGACUGAGCCUCCCCUCGGCCUCCCAAAAUGACGGGAGACAGCCCUGGGGUGCCAGGAUCUGGACUGGGGUUAUUUAUAGUGUUUAUUGUGUGCUGAGCACGGGAUCCCAGGGGUGUCACACGAGGUCGGGUCACCUCCUGUCUCAGAGGGAGCUGCCCUUGGGGACAGGCAGUGGCUCAGGCCUCUCCUGAGCCCUGGAUUUCCCAGGAGCUGGAUGCUGUGCCCUCCUCAUCUUGGCAAAUCCCUGCCAAGGGCAUGCUGGGACAGCCCUCCUCCUCCUCCUGUGCUCCCAGCUGGAAUUUAAACACCUUGGAGGGAUUUUCAGCACCUUGGCCGUGCCCUGGUGAUGGGGAGGGCUGUGCCAGACCCCUCCUCACUGGCACCACAAAGCCUCUUAGGGGCCUCUCUAUGGGGAGAGCUCAGGGGGACAGCGUGUGGCAGCGAGCACGUGGGAAGCAGCAGCCUCCUGUCAAGGACACUGGCCCUGUCCCUGGUGUCACAUCCUGCCAGGCUGCACUCCAAGGUGCCUUUUCUGCCUCCAUCUUAAAUCUCCAUAAACUUGUCCCAAACCCAACUCCCCUCCAUCCUGGGGGAUUUACAGCCACUGAGACCCACACAGACCCCCCACAUCAUCCCAGGACAAGGUCCCCAAGUAGCCACUGAGCCUUCAAGUGUCACUCAGUAAUGAACCCCAAUUAACAGCCAGGUUCUGCUCUCUGCCAGGGAAGUAGGUGGUUCUCCAUGGAAAACACUCCUAGAUCCCUUUAAUCCUAUUUGUUAGAGCCCAACUAAUUGCAAUUAGU